AUGCAUUGCCUGCUUCAACUGAGUCUGGCCGUGGCCCUUUGCGCCCUCUUGGCCCCAUCCGCCACCUUGGGCGAACGCCGCAAUGUUUACCGCCUGAGUGGCCAGCGCUCCUCAGAGCUUCCUGCGGAGGCCCGCUUCACCUCGUCGAUCGCCAACAAGCUGACCGCGCUGAAGGGCGGCACCUCGUCGACCACAGCGACACCCACCUACUCCACCUCCUAUACGCCCACCACCUACACCACCACGGAGACCACGGAGCCCACUGGACCCACCACUGCGUCGGGAACCUACGUCACCACCACAACGCCCACCACCGAUACCACCGAUACCACCAGCGACGACAGCGCUCGCGCCUAUGCCCCUAAUCAGGAUGAGGUCAACGACGAGGACGACGAGGAGAUGCCCCGAUCCUUUGAGGAGGAUGACGACGACGAUGCCGGCGGCCUGGAGGACGACGACAACGACGAGGACGACGAGGAGAGCUUCUACGUGGCCGCUCCCUCCGCCGGCGGCAGCAGCAACGCCGUGCAGCAGCCCUCCUCCGCCGACUCCUCGGCGGUCCGCCCCUCGGAGCUCCAGUGGCGCCAGUUCCAGCAGGAGCAGCGCAACCGCCGCCGCAUCCAGCGCCUCCAGCGGGAGCACAACCAGAGGAUCAGGGCUCUACUGCGGCGCCAGCGGACCGCCGACAAGCGCAGCCAGCAGCGAUUGCGCCGCCAGCGCCAGAAGAACCGUCGCCGCAUCUCGCAGCGGCAGCGACGCAACCGCAACCGCUCAAGGGCUCAGCGCCAAAGGCAGCGCAGGAACAACAUGAGCCGCCGCCGCCGGCAGCAACAACAACGCCAGCGCAGGCACCGCCAGCAGCAGCGACGCCGCCUGAUGCGCCUCAUGCGCCGCCGUCGCGGCAACCGUCGCGGUUAA